AACAGGAAAUCAGUCCUAAACCUGUCGUCAAUAACGAAACUUAGAACAAUUUCCUCUCCACUUAAUACAGAUUGCAGGUCAUCUGUGUUUCAAUAGAGGGCAGCAUUUAUUUUUAAAAUGCCAGACGGGGAUGAGAAGUGAAGCGUCAUGCAACGUCACCUGUGACCUGCGUGACUGAAGUGUUCAAGGCGCCAGCAGCCCACAUUCAGCCUGUCCUGUGAGAUGGAGCUUUUUCAUCCUCACAACUGAACAUUAUACUCUGAACCUAAAACAAGGUCAUCCAACAAUGCUGCUCUGUUAAUGAGCUUUCAUUUCAAUCCCUGGGCCACAAAGCAAUUACCUCAAAUUCUCUGGCUUUGUUUCUCAGAAAUCAAUCUCGAGAUUAUCCAGAUCCACUGUAGCUUAACCUUCUACGAAGCAGUUUGUUCCUUUAACAUGGCUGAAGCCUUGUACAUUUACUACCAUAGCUCCCUCAGAACAGUGCAAACAACACAAUCAAGACAGUCACUUUGUCAGAUACUAUCAAACAGACUGUAGCAUUGCACGCUUCCUUAUCAGCUAAACUAUCAGGUUUGCAUUCCCUCAGGAGGUCAUAAGAAGCAAAACUGGAUUCCUUCAUUGUGAACAUUCUUAAUUUGGCAUCCUGGAGUCCCUGUGAGGCAUUUGGAAUAGACAGAGCGACACAUACAUUUAGCCAAACCACAGACAACUUAUCAGCUAUUUUCUGUAUAGUUUGAUUGCUCGCUUACUUUUAAUACUGACCUUUGGGAUAGCUGUGACUGGAGGAUCCUCAUGACGCCUCGGAGGUCUAAACUUGGUAAGAAGUUAGUGUUUUGGUUUUUUUUCUGAGAGAUUGUAUGAGAUAUGCCUCACAGUAGCUUUAAAGCUCAGGAAAUGCAAUGGACAUUCUGUUAUGAGAUAAAAGGAGGGCCUGUUAUUCAAAGCGCACUGAGUUCCAUAGGCUUUGUGAGCCAUCAGUCACUCAACACGUGCAGUGAUGGGGUCGGGAUCCAAGAAAGAAACAGUAAUGUCUAAAACAGAGGUAACACACAGGAGCAACAGGUGCUGGACUUGUAAUAACACUGCCGAGAAGAGUGAGUUCCAACACAUCGCCCUCCUACAUCUUUCCAGCUGGAGGAACAACCAAACCAAAAGUGUGGGAAGCGAGACAGAAAUCGUGUUCUUUUCUGUGUGUGUCUUGUGGAAAGCCACAGCGAAGUGACUCAGGCAUUGAGGUCAGUACAGGAAGGGCAGCCCAGCACUGGAACAAUAGCUGGGAUUUAAACAAGUCUUACAUAAUCUGUCCAGCCUGCAGGACACAGUUGACCACGAUCCAGUUAUAACUGGAGGUGCACUGGAAGUCAAGUCAAAUAGAGGGUCCCCUUGUCCCUGUUUGACAGCAUGCAGAGUUACAUAUCUGUGCUUGGUUUUGGCCAAUUAGCCCACAGACAAACAGAUACUGUUCAAGCCAUCCUCACUAUGGAGAACUUGGUGGAAUCCAUCUGUUCUCCACCAAGACGUUGUACACCAGAGAUGGGGGAAACCCCACUGCCGGAGGCUCUGAAUUCAAAGGACACAAUGAAGCAGUUUCUUUCAGAUCGUGUCUUAAAGGCCGCGAGAUCGGUGUAUAGUGUCAUGAUCGAGAGGAACCCCGGUCUGAUCCGAGACAGAAAAUAUCACCUCAAAACAUACAGACAAUGUUCUUCUGGUAAGGAACUUGUCGAUUGGCUGAUGAAACAAAACGAAUGCCUGCAAUCGAGAAGCCAGGCAGUUGGAAUGUGGCAGGUCCUGGUAGAUGAAGGAAUCCUUGUUCAUGUGAAGCAUGAGUUGAACUUCCAUGACAAGGACACUCAGUUCUACCGCUUCCAGGACUCUGAGUGCAGCCUGAACCACAUAACAAAUGAGAAGGACUCGGAGGACGAGCUGCAGGAGGCCCUGUCGCUACUGUCUCAGCUGGGGCCUGAUGCUCUGCUCACUAUGAUUCUACGCAAAUGCCCCAGUCAGAGGAGUGCUGAGGACCUGGAGGUCAUCUACGAGGAGCUGCUCCAUGUCAAGGCUGCCGCUCAUCUCUCCACCUCUGUGCGUAAGGAGCUGGCAGCAGUGCUGGUCUUUGAAUCACAUGCCAAGGCCGGAACAGUCUUGUUCAGUCAGGGGGACAAAGGCACUUCUUGGUACAUCAUCUGGAAAGGGUCUGUCAAUGUGAUCACACAUGGAAAGGGCCUGGUAACUACGCUACACGAGGGCGAGGACUUUGGACAGUUGGCUUUGCUGAAUGAUGCACCUCGUGCUGCCACCAUCAUCUUGAGGGAAGACAACUGCCAUUUCCUCCGUGUUGAUAAGCAGGACUUUAUACGCAUCCUCAAGGAUGUUGAAGCCAAUACAGUGCGGCUUGAAGAGCAUGGGAAAACUGUGCUGGUGCUGGAGAAGAGCACCGACUUGGCUGAGCAGGGAGGAGCAGGAAACUGCAGCAAGUACACAGUCAUGUCAGGAACACCUGAGAAAAUCCUGGAACACCUGCUGGAAACAAUAAAGUUGGACUCUAAUGGAAGUGACUCUAUAGAUCCCUUUGUGAGCGACUUUCUUCUCACCCACAAAGUCUUCAUGCCCUGCAGCCAGCUGUGUCCUGCACUACAGCACCAAUACCAGGCAGAGCUCUCUGAGGGUUCAGAUCAGGAGAAGGAUUCCUACAUUCUCACAAGAAAGCAGAAGGUAGUGAAGCUGAUUGGCCAGUGGGUGGCGCUGUAUGGCCUUCUGCUGAAAGAGGACCCCAUUGCCAUGGACUUUCUGGAGAGGUUGAAGAAAGAGGUGGCAGCUGAUUUUCGUCUGUCCAGCCUGCUGAAAGAACAGUUUCGGGAAAGGAGGAGAGCAAAAGUAUUGGAGAAUGGAUAUCAGUCACUGAGCAGGAACCAGCAGUUUGAUUGGUUUUUAAGUUGUGAGGAACCAGUUGGGAGGUUACAACCAAUCAGAGCGCAAGAUAAAGUGCUGUAUGAGAUCUACAGGCCAGACAACAAGGCUCUCACUCUGAUGCUCCCAGUGAACACAUCCGUACAGGACGUGAUGUCAGCAAUCGUCAAACCAGGCGGAGAUCACAUCCUGGUCAAAAUGAACUCCACGGGAGAAAGAGCUCAGCUGAAGCUGGAUGCUACUGCGGUCUUCACAGCACUGGGACACAACGAGAGACUGUUCAUCUGCACAAGCAGCCAAGUGGAACAGCUGACGCCCCUGAAGGAGCAGCAGGGUCCAGAGCGAGGAACAUCUGACAUCCUGGAACAAAUGGGCUCCAAAGACGUCGCCAGCGAACUCACCAAUUAUGACUGGGAACUGUUCAAUGCCAUGCACGAGGUGGAGCUUGUCUACUACAUAUUCGGUCGUCAUAAAUUCCCAGGAGCCAUCACUGCUAACCUGGAGCGGUUUGUGCGUCGCUUCAAUGAGGUGCAGCAUUGGGUGGUGACCGAACUGUGCCUCUGUGAGGACCUGGUGAAACGAGCCGUGCUGCUCAAGAAGUUCAUAAAGAUUGCUGCAGUAUUAAAGGAGCAAAAGAAUCUCAAUUCAUUCUUCGCCGUGAUGUUCGGAUUGAGCAACAGUGCAGUGCAGAGGCUUUACAAGACCUGGGAGAGAAUCCCCAGCAAGACAAAAAGAAUUUACUGUGCUUAUGAGAGGUUGAUGGAUCCCUCACGCAACCACAGGGCCUACAGACUGGCCGUGGCCAAACUCAGUCCUCCCUACAUCCCCUUCAUGCCACUCCUCAUCAAAGACAUGACAUUCAUCAACGAGGGAAAUCCAAAUUAUGUAGACAAAUUGGUCAAUUUUGAGAAACUGCGCAUGAUUGCCAAGACAGUGAAAAUUGUACGAGGAUGCAGGAGCCAGCCUUACGUGCCAUCAUCUCCACAGAGGGGCCUGGCAGACCGCAUGUUUCUGGAAUCGCCUGCUACCCGCCUGUCUACAUACUCAGACCACGCCCUUCCUCUGCGGAGUCCCAGCAACAUCCGACACUACCUUCAGAACCUGAAGGUGAUCGACAACCAGCGCAAGCUCACACAGCUAUCAAGAACGAUAGAGUGCUAGGACGCUGACCUGCAAAUGUACAAAGACUGUAAAACUGUGGCAGGAACAUGAACCACAAACGGACUGUAGCCAGAUGAACAAAACUUCCACAUUCGCCUCAGUAAUUUGGCCCUUUGGAGGUGUUGAGGAUAUCUACGCUUAUUCAAAGAGCUUAGAUGUUCGUGGAUAAGUUUUCUGCACAACAUCAACCGUGAAAAUGUGCUGUGUGCAAACGAAUGGCCUCCAGUGCUGAACAGGAGAAUCCAAUUCUCUGUCCAUGGGACUUAAGGGACACUUUUUGAUCCAAAAAGCCUUACAGCACACCAGUGUAUACAUUUCUGUGUGUGUGCCACAACUGACACUGAUCCUCUCACAAAGGCAAUGUUACAAAAUGUACAGCUGAGCAAAGUAUGCCUGUCUUUAGUGUUAAAAUUCAUUUAUGCGUCAUUUGGUAUGCUGCUGCCUGUGGAAGAACCACUCCUGCGGUUCCACAAAAGGACUAUUGAUACACAUGCUCCAGAUAUUUGCCAUAGCUAAUCGCAUUAGGUCUGUUUUUGUGAACUCGUAUCUUCACGUUAAAACUAACAAAUUGUAUCAGACAAAUUUUUGACAAAAAGCCGCAAGCUGACAUGCAUAUAAUUUCAUACAAUGUUGUUUUCUAAAUAAAUUAUUUUCUCAGUUAUGUGUAUUCAA